CAUAAAUUAGAUUGGUGGUAGCCACAAGGCUAGACAGCUUUGAAAACAGAAACAACACGGUUAACGAGGAACAACAGCACGUUUGUUGACCAGAAACAUCUGUAACGAAGGAUAGGCUUCUUGAUAGGAUGCCCAUCCAAGUGGACGUCUGUCUCAUCUUCAGAUAUCUAUUUCUUUGCGAGAAAAAUCUAAUUCUCUAGCUAACGUUAGCUGGCUAACUACUAGCUAACUCUUGCCAUUUUGACCUCGGUUCUGGAACGUUGUCUGCCACGGUUGUGAUCACAUUAACAUGUCUGGGACUUCAGGUAGAGCGGUGCUCCCUCAACCUCCAACAAAAACUAUUGUUGUCUACAGGAAUGGGGAUGCUUUUUUCCCUGGACGAAAGUUUGUUAUAAAUCAACGACAGAUGUCAACGUUUGACAGCUUUUUGAGCUCUGUCACGCGUGGGGUUGAGGCUCCUUUUGGAGCGGUCCGAAAUGUUUACACUCCAAGGGAAGGGCACAAAAUCCAUGACCUCGUCAACUUGCAGCACGGGGAGAGAUAUGUUGCAGCCGGAGGAGAGCGUUUCAAAAAGCUUGAUUAUUACCAUAUAACAACGAAGAAACCACAGAAAAAGAAGAGUGAACAGAUCCGACCUGUAGUUCACAGUAGAAUAGUUGUUUCUGCUCGCUGGAGGAAAAUAAUAAACGAGUCAUGCACUAUCAAUGUUUUUACCAAUGGAGAUGUGUUGGUUCCUCCAGCUCGGAUACUGAUACCAAAGUAUACUCUCACAAACUGGGAAAGUGUCUUGGCCAUGGUGACCGGGAGGGUACAUCUGCGCACUGGUGCUGUGUACAGACUGUGCACAUUAGAUGGGACUACUUUACUUGGGCCAGAGGAGCUAGAGAACAACCAGUACUAUGUUGCUGUGGGAGCUGAGAAGUUCCGCUUCUCGCCAUACUUCCAGUGGGUCCCCAGCAGAGGAAUCAUCCGGGACAACAGUCAUCAUGCAGUCAACAAUGACAGUCUCCCAGUCCCUGUUCCCACAAGGAAAGGCAAACAUGCAAAAUUUGCUCACACAGGCUCUGGAGAUGACCUUGAGCACACAGCCAGGGGCCAUCCCAAGAACGCCACAGAGUCUUACUUCUACGCCAAGCCAGAGAAAGAGAGAGAGACAGCCAAACAACAGAGGCAGGUGUCCAGACUCCCACUUCUUUACACAACGGGCGAAGGCAGUGUGUUCCGUGCGAAAGACAAAAGAAGUGAAACUGUGGGAGCAGCUGAAGUCCAGGAAGAUGGCAGAGUGAUGGUGGACCUGCCAAUUGACCAGGUUGAGGCCAAGGUAGUCCCAGAGGAAGAGCAGUAUGUCCGGAGGAAUUCUAGGCCGGCCGGUGAGACCCAGAGUCCCUACAAAGCCUUCCUCCAAGGCUCUGAUGCAUCCAGGAAGGCCUCGGCCCCCUCGUCUGGUCGCGGGGAGUCAGGUAGAGGCACUGGUCUGACCAGCUCCAGAGACGGAGGACUAAAGUCGCCGCUGGAACCUGAGCCACAGGAGACUAAAGAGGAGGUGGAGGCAGUGUCGUCCUCAAAUCUGUGCAGAAUACGGUCACGGAUGUCCAAGUUCUUCAAGGAAAAAAGAAAAAAGUGACGAGUUUCCAGACCAAAAUGCCAUUUAUUCAGUCAGAGAAUUCUAAGAGCCAGAAUCAGAGAGUCCUGUAGUAACAGGAGCGGUCGAGGACAGCGUACCCCUUACGAGACCCCCACGUAUGAGAAUAAAAAGUGUUUUAAACCAAAUAAAAAUGUUUGUGUCUUGACAGCCCCA